CUAUUGGAUCAUGAAGGGAGACGCCUCCAGUAUUUACAAGUGGGUGGUGGACGACGUCGUGGCCGGGAUGGCGCCGGAGUUCCAGGCGGCCAAUAUUGAUGAGUCCGUUCUCAUGGAACUAAAGCAGAAGUGGGAGGAGAAGUUAAAGCAGCAAGGACUCAUUCGCGAUGAGCAUGACACUAACGAUGACCUCCUGAUGGCCCAGAUGCAACGCGGAGGUCCUCUUGGCGACCGUGGUGGGGUUGAUGAUGACGAUGGUGCGGGCCCCAGUUGCCUCGGCAAGCGGAAGCAGCCCGAGCCACCAACCGCCGUCCCCGCUAUUCUGAACCCUGCGCUCCAGAUGGCACAGCAGUUCUUUGUGGCCUACACCCAGCACUUGCAGCAGCAGACCCUUCAGCUUCAGCAACAGCAGCAGCUGCAGCUACAACAGCAGCAACAGCAGCAGCAACAACAGCUACAGCUGCAGCAACAGCAGCUAGCGCAGUAUGCUUUGAAACAGGAGCAGUUGCAGCAGCAGCAGCAGCAGCCCCUCCAGCAGGCGCAGUUGGCGCCACCGCAGGUAGCUAUGGCGGCUGCGGCGGCCCAGCAGCCACAAGCGCAGCAGCACUUCGGGUAUUACGGCCAGGGCACAAUCCCCCAGCGGGAUGGUGACGACGGCACGGCGGAUGGUGCGGCGGAUGGUGGGGCGGAUGGCGCAGGUUCAAGCGCGGGCGCAGAAGGCGAGGCUGCCCCAGAGGGCGACGAAGUGCUGUCGGAGGACGAGCACGACGAUAACGAGGAGGAGGAGGUUGUGGAGAAUCUUAUGAUUGGACAGUUUGAGAAAGUCAACAAAAUGAAGAACCGCUGGAAGGUUGCUAUGCGUGAUUGCGUGUUUCACAUAAAUGGGCGGGACUUCCUCUUCAAGAAAUGCACCGCAGAAUUUUCGUGGCAGUGAGGGGGCCCUGGGUUUCGGUGGGAGGUGGCUGAGGUGAAAGGUGGCGUGGUAGUAGGAGGCUUGUGUGUUUUGCGAAAGCGCGAACAAUAUCGUGGUGAGACAAGCAUGUAUCAUGCUGUUCCGCCUCUCUAUGAUCGCUGCGCGUCAAUACAGCAGGAGGAACUCGAUGCAGGAUAGGGCUACAGGACUUGCCUGUGACCGGCAGCGCAGUAAAUUUCAAAAGAAGUUCGCGACAUGGGCCUGAUAGGUUCAGGCGACACGGUGGCCUUGCGGUCGAAUUGCUGCACAAGACUUUUUGUGACCUCAGGCUGGAAAUCGUACGGGUUAGUUUUCUCGCUCGACCAAGGGUUAGCACAACGCUCGGAUUUGCAUUGUAUUUACCUUUGCAAAUCGCGUUUUAUUUGCAAGUUGUAUGCUAAUUUUAAACUCAGCUGUUUGGUAGGAGACAAUGUUUGCUUUGCAAGGGGAACUUGGUCGGGCAAAUCCGCUUAGGUUGCAGCAGCAAAAUCAUGUUACUGCACCGCUGAUUCGGUCAUCUUGCAAGAGGCUAACGAUAGCCUCAGCUGGUCGGCAAUCGGAUGUAUCAUCUGAGGCUAUGGCCUCAGCUUCAGGCACACAUGCUGGUCGUUCAGCACGAGAGUUGUAUUCGGUUAGCGAAGCGGCGUGUUGCUCUACAUCAACGAGCGCAACUCAAGGCGUUGCUGGCAUCGACGCAACCGUUUUGGCAGCCGUCGCUGGACUGGGCCUGACGUUGUUCGCACUUAAGCGCGUCCUUGACACUCCCUCACGCAAGUAUGAUAACAAUGUCGGCAAGGAGUAUGAUGCAUGGACGGAGGAGGGCGUCCUCGAAUACUACUGGGGCGAGCAUAUACAUCUGGGUUACUACUCCGACGAGGAGCUGGCGCGAGGGUACCUUAAGAAAGACUUCAAGCAGGCGAAAUUUGAUUUUGUUGAUGAAAUGCUAAAAUUCAGCGGCGCCCAGGACCCUAAGAAAAUUCUCGACGUUGGCUGUGGGUUUGGCGGGACUAGUCGACACCUCGCGAAGAAGUUCAAGGAAGCAAGCGUCACAGGUAUCACGUUGUCGCCCAAGCAAGUUGCGCGCGGAACGGAGCUCGCCCAGCAGCAGGGGGUCAACAACGUGCAGUUCCAGGUCAUGGACGCUCUGGCGAUGGAGUUUCCCGACGACACGUUCGAUCUGGUGUGGGCAUGCGAAAGCGGUGAGCACAUGCCCGACAAGAAGAAGUAUGUCGAGGAAAUGACGAGGGUGCUCAAGCCAGGCGGCACGCUGGUCAUUGCGUGCUGGUGCCAGCGCGAGGAGACGCCGGAGGCGCCCUUCACCGCCCAGGACAAGGAGGACCUGCAGUUCCUGUAUGACGAGUGGGCGCACCCGUACUUCAUCUCCAUCCAGGAGUUCGAGCGGCUCAUGAAGGGCACCGGCAAGCUGCAGAACGUACAUACGGAUAACUGGAACAAGAACACGCUGGCCUCGUGGCGUCACUCCAUCUGGGUCGGCGUGUUUGACCCGUGGAUAGUGGUGUCCAAGGGGCCCCGGAUCUGGUACAAGACUGUGCGCGAGAUUGUUACGAUUGAGCGCAUGCACCAGGCAUUCGCCAAGGGGCUUAUGGAGUAUGGAAUGAUGGCGGGCAGCAAGGCUUUGCCGUCGUCUCCUAUGCCAGCUGGCGCGGUUGCGGAGGUCCGCACGCCCGUCACCGCCAGCGCUUAAUUCUGCAUUGGCCCCUGAGGGGUGGCUAACGCCACGUUUUGGGAGGGGUAUGGAAAGUGGCAGGUACAUCCAUACAAAUUCCAUACAAAUGUAAUUUAACUCGUGGGAGCUGUACAGGCGCACGGUGGUGGCACGCAGGGUGGCACUUUGCCUUCGCCCUUUAUUUGUUUUAAGUUUGGCUGCCAAAGGAUCACGGUAUGGCAUUUCCCGUCGGAAGGAUCUCAUAUGUUUCGUUUUCGCUGGUGAAAAUAGUGGCCAUCGUAAGGCCAUAUGGAUCGCCUAGGGAAGAUGCAUGCAAGCAGCGCUUCGGAGUCCGACGAGGAUGUAACAUGGUCAAAGUUGUUUCGGAUGCACACACAAUGGGUGCAUGGAACGUAGCUUAAGGUAGUUUUUGGGAGUUUUUUUGUGUUCACGAGGCAGGGAGAACGCUGUUGCAACAGGUGGAGCAUGCCUUCUGGCGGCGUUUUUUUGGGGACUGCCCUGGCCUAAACUCUGUCCGACUGGGGAACUCUGUUUCGACUGGUUGAAGUGAGAGGCUGCAGGCAGAAGACGUGGGUUGGGAUUGUGGAGAAGCAUGGUGCCUACACGUAAGCAAGCAUUUGGGUUGAGACACGGCCACGCUGGCGUGCACACUGGGAGAAUUGCAGACUUAAGCACCGAGAUCCGUGAGAAUGGAUCCCAGAUGUGCUCCAGUUACGUAGCAUGGCCCGUAGAAGCAUGGGGUGCCAAUCCAUCGGAAUCUUCCAAAGCGGUCAAGCACGUGUACAGGGAUCGCCUAAUUGUCGGUAUGCAUUGCAGACACUGGGACGAGAUGGGUAGAUGGACUUGCUAGCAUGGCAGCACGCCUCGAAACGAGACGAGCUAAGCCACGGAACGGCUGAACGGAAGAAGCAACUGGCAGGGGUUUGGCGGAUUUAUCUCAAUCCUUGUGUACACAUACGCACUUGUGAUCCUACAGGUGUGAAUAUUGCUCCGAACAAAAGCGUGCAAUGAAGACCGACUACACGACACAGAUUAUACCUACACAACGUCGUUUAGGUGUUGCACACCAGCCAGGCUCCACUGCAACGACAACUACAACUACCAACCAUCUGUGCGAUAGAGGCCCCAUCGCCCGUUACGACCAUAAUCCACAGCAAUGCUUCCAUACCGGUUCUACCAUAAAAUCUGUCGGCAGCAACGUUAGGUACAUCAGGAUACACAGGGCCACUGGUGAACCAGGAGCAUCCGUGUGAUAUACUACUAGGUAGGCGGCUGGCAGAGGUUAAGGCCUGACUUCUGCUCCCGGCCGACCCGGGGACAAAUCCGCCUGCCGGCUCCUCGGGUGUUUGAGGAGUGUUGAAAUGGGGUGGCCCCCCAUCAUAUGGACGAUGUAGGACGUGAUAAUAUCAGCUUGCGAGCUGACCAGGAACUAAGUUGAUGCGCCGUUGAUCCGCUAGAUUUGGUUGGAUGCUGGUGGUGAGUUGCCGAACCCAACGAAUACAUUCUGAAGUCGGAUGGGGUCACAGAUUAGGGUGCCCCUCUAGCAGGGGAGAGCAGGGACUGCCCCGGGAAAGGGGGCCGCUGGCGAAGUUAACCACCCUGUAACAACAUAGAUACUG